GUGAUGCAAACUCAGAGGAGGCUGGCUUUCAAGGAGCACAGUCGGUCAUUCUGCAGCUGCCAACUCCACGGAGCCCAGAGCCCAGAGCCCAAACCAAUGCUGCCUUCUCUGCGAUCAACUGCAGCGUACACGCCCUUAUCCGCCACCGAUGACGGGUUACUUGAAGAAUAACCUUAAAUGAAGAUAAAUGGAGGGAAUCGAGAUCACAUUUUAAAUGUGGUGUCGGAGGUCUCAGCAUGAAGAAGUCGGUGCGUCCUGUGGCGACUAAAGCAAGUGGGGAGAGAGGAAAGGCUGAGGGAGCUGUAUGCACGGGCAACGCUAAACCUGCUGCAAAAAACAACACUACCUUGUCUAAGGUGAAAAGCAAUGACGAUCUUUUAGCAGCGAUGGCCGGAGGAAACCCGGCGCCAAAUGCUGUCUCCUCUAAGAAUAAACGGACCACCAUCACCGGGACCAUGGACAAACUAAAGACCACUUCAGCAGGGACAUCAACCAAACGAACCACAUCUUCCACGUCAAAGGAACCUAGUUCCUCACGGGACAGGCUGCGGACAUCCAGGACUUCCACCAAUAAAAAACAGCAGCUCCUCUCCGGGUCGACGAGUGGAGACGGGACCAUGACGAAACGUGCCAGAAAUCAAAUCCUGUCCGAGUCGGAAAGCCGCAUGAGCAAGUCCAAGUCUGAUGGGCAGAUCAGUGACAAAGUGGAGCUGGAGUCUAAAGUGAAAGAUUUGCUGGGAUUGGCUAAAAGCAAAGAUGUGGAAAUCCUGCAUUUACGAAGUGAGUUACGGGACAUGAGGGCACAGCUUCAUUCGGGAGGCAAGAACUUAUCACAACAAGAGGUUUCAGAAGAGGAAGAGAAGCCGAUAGUAUCUGCCAUCACAGCCGCCAAUGUGGAGUCUACGCUCCUUUUAUUACAAGACCAAAACCAUGCCAUUAGAGAGGAGCUGAAUUUGUUAAAAAGUGAAAACCGGAUGCUCAAAGACAGGCUGAAUGCGCUGGGGUUUUCUCUGGAGCAGCGGCUUGAUGGAGAGAAACUAUUCAACUACACAUCACUAAGUCCAGACCUGGCAGCAGGGAGCGGGCAGAGCGAUGGAGGAGGAACAGGCUCUGCUCCUGGUUCUUUGGAAGACCUCCUCACGGGACACCAACACGGAGGCUCUGCAGAUAAUUUGGACAGUGAAUCGAGCGAGGUCUAUCAGGCCGUCACCUCCAGCGAUGACGCCCUGGACGCUCCCUCGGGCGCGUCUUCGUCCUCCGAAUCCGAAUGCGCCCCGAGCCGAGAGCGGUCCAGGCGGGGCAGCAGCGGGAAUGCCAGUGAGGUGUCUGUGGCCUGUUUGACUGAGCGAAUUCACCAGAUGGAAGAGAACCAACAUAGCACGUCAGAGGAGCUGCAAGCCACACUACAAGAGCUCGCCGAUCUUCAACAAAUAACACAAGAGUUGAAUGGCGAAAAUGAGCGACUUGGAGAGGAGAAAGUCAUCCUCAUGGACUCUUUAUGUCAGCAAAGCGACAAGCUCGAGCUGUACGGCAGGCAAAUAGAGUAUCUACGCUCGCUUUUAGAAGAACACCACAUUUCUUAUGCUUUAGAAGAGGACAUUAAAAGCGGCCGCUACAUGGAGCUAGAACAACGCUACGCAGAUCUUUCCGACAAUGCACGCUUUGAACGAGAGCAGCUUUUAGGAGUGCAACAACAUCUUUCCAACACGUUAAAAAUGGCUGAACAGGAUAACGCAGAGGCACAAGAGAUGAUCGGGGCAUUGAAGGAAAGGAACCAUCAAAUGGAGAGGAUUUUGGAGUCGGAGAGGCAGGAUAGAGUGGCGAUGGCAGCCGCUCUUGAUGAGUAUAAGGCAGCUGUGAGCAAUGACCAGGCUGAGCUGAGUCGGUGCCGGGGGCAGUUGGAGCAUGAGAGGCAGAGGGUGGCAGAACUGUACUCUCUGCACACAGCUGAAGACAAGAAUGACAUCUGCCAGCUGCUGGAUGGAGCCAGACUCGCCAAAGAGGAGGCAGAGGCCAAAGCAGCCAAGAUGCACCAAGAACUGGAGCAGGUCCACAAUGAGCUGUCCUCACUGCAGGAGGCUCUGAGCAAGCUGGACCAAGAAUACCGUGAGUUUCAGGAGCAGGCACAGCAGCAAAUCUCUGAACAGGAGCGAGCGAUGGAGAAACAGCGAAUGGAAAUCCAAGAGAAGGAUACGGAAAUCGCCGACAUGAAGGAAACCAUCUUUGAGCUGGAGGACGAGGUGGAGCAGCACCGAGCACUAAAGCUACACGACAAUCUCAUCAUCACUGACCUCGAGAACUCUGUGAAGAAGCUUCAGGACCAAAAACAUGACAUGGAGCGAGAGAUAAAGAUCCUCCAUCGGCGCCUGAGGGAGGAGUCUAUGGAGUGGCGUCAGUUCCAGGCUGAUUUGCAGACAGCUGUGGUCAUCGCUAACGACAUCAAGUCUGAAGCUCAGGAGGAGAUUGGGGACCUACGGCGCCGCCUACAGGAGACUCUAGAGAAGAACGACAAAUUGAGUAAAGAAUUGGACGAAGUCAAGAGCCGCAAGCAGGACGAGGAGAGGGGUCGUGUCUAUAACUACAUGAAUGCUGUGGAGAGGGACUUGGCUGCGCUUCGUCAGGGCAUGGGCCUGAGCAGAAGAUCUUCCACCUCGUCAGAGCCUUCGCCCACCGUCAAAACUCUCAUUAAGAGCUUCGACAGUGCCUCACAAGGUCCGUCUCCCACUGGAGCUGCUGUGGCUCCGACUGCUUCAGCUGCUCCUAUGCCUCGGACACCCCUCAGCCCCAGCCCCCUGAAGACCCCCCCUGCUGCUGCGGUCUCACCCAUACAGAGACACUCUUUGACCUCGUCCAUGUCGGCAGCCAAACCCCUGUCUUCUAUGAAUGACAAGAGGAACACUUAUACAGACAUCUCCAUGCCAGCUGAGCACUCGUUCAGAGGAGCAGCAACCGCCCGGCCCCAGUCUGCUCUACAGAGGGUCUCCAACAUUGACUCUGCCAAAGCUAUCUCAGUGUCUAGGAGAAGCAGUGAGGAGAUCAAGCGGGACAUUUCAGCUCCAGACGUGGCACCCUCUUCUGGCCUUAUGUCCCUCAGUGCAGGCUCCUCUCCUUUGUCUCUGUCUUCCUCGUCUCCUACUGCCUCUGUCACCCCCACAGCGCGGAGCCGACUCAGGGAGGAGCGAAAGGAUCCACUGUCUGCUUUGGCCCGUGAAUAUGGAGGCUCAAAGAGGAAUGCUUUGUUAAAAUGGUGUCAGAAGAAAACAGAGGGAUAUCAGAACAUUGACAUCACAAACUUCAGCAGCAGUUGGAAUGACGGGUUAGCCUUCUGUGCAGUCCUCCACACCUAUCUGCCUGCUCACAUCCCCUACCAGGAGCUCACCAGUCAGGACAAGAGGAGAAACUUCACAUUGGCUUUCCAGGCUGCUGAGAGUGUUGGGAUCAAAUGCACUUUGGACCUUAAUGAAAUGGUGCACACGGAGCGACCAGACUGGCAGAGCGUCAUGACCUACGUUACAGCCAUUUACAAAUACUUUGAAACCUGACUUCGAAAAUCCAACCGAUCAUAAUUCACCACCACGACCUGCAGUUUUACCUCACAAAACCUACAUUUCUCUACAGUUACAGUCUCAUUUGUUCAUUUCAAAAAGGACUUGAAUUUUACUUUGAACAACACUAAAGAGGGAGGACAGACACUCUCCCAAAGCUAUACUUGCUGAGUCUAUAAGGGCUUUUUGUCUUGUAUGUCUAUGCUGUUACACUGGUAAGGCACAAGCGCUACAUGCCUGCGAAUACAAUGGCAUACAAGACCAUCUGUACAUUUAUUAAGUCAAAAUAGUGCCUUUAUAGCCUUGUAGUUAUUUGCUUAUUAAUAUAUUUAAUUUUGUGUCUUUUUAUUUAGUUGUGAGUAUUUGGUUAUGAGCCAGAAACCAAAUGUUUGAAUCUAGGGUAGACAUAGCAAACCAUCUGCCUUAUAGCAUGCAUAGUAUUACAUCAGAUGCCCUUCCUGAAACCAUUACACUUAACCAGGAGCCGGCACAAAGGGUACACUGGCUUGUUGCUGGAUUAAAUCUGAAAAUGAAGUCAAAUUUCAAAGCUAGAGUAGCCUCAACAUUACUUGCCUCAACAUUAUUGAAUUAAGUGCCUGUUAUAAGACCAGGUGGUAACUUUACACUACAAGUUACAAAGCUGAAGAGAAAUAGUUGCCAAAAUGUUUAGUUUUAUGGUCUUUAGCAUUAGGAAUUUGCAUAUUACUUCAAUAGAGGAUUCAAAAUGGAUACAUGCUUAGAAUCUAUAUUAGAAGAAGCACAUUUUCUAACACUAAUUUUCAAAUUUGGAUUUAAUUUUAAAAUUGAGCACAUAAUCACAUUUUAUCAAUUUGAUCACAAUGUAUUAGUGGAAUUGUUUUUUCUUCCAUUUUGUCAAGAGCUUGAAUUAGGUUGGACAUACAUACUCUGAACAAUCUGAAGUAUUAGUCAACAGCUACCAAAACAGAAGUUGCAUUGCAGUUUUUGUUUUUUUUCUGAAAUGUAGUCUGCAUAAGAAAUUCUGAUUGUGCCAAUGACUUUAUACGUGUCUACUGUGACUGUACUCCUUUUCAGUAGUUAGCCUGGCCAGCCAAACCCAUCCCCUUAUCAGCAUCUUAUAUUAAUAAGGGCUUUGUAAAAGAAAAAAUGUAUUAUGUCAGUGGGACAUAACAUUUUGCUGCUCAUCCAAGCCGCUUCUCCAGUUCUGGUCAGAUUGCUGGUGGACACUGCCUUAUACUUAUCUCAAGGGAGGCGCUAAUGACACUGAAGCUAACACACCUGUUGUUUACAGUUUCUGUUUGUAGGCUAGGUCUAUUGAGCUACCAUAUGUGUGAACUGUGCCUGAAUUAUAUUUUGCAUAAUCAUCCAGGCCCCUUAUGGUUUCUGUCACACCUAUUCCCAUACUGACUUAGUCCUAUUGUUUUCCUUGUUUAGGUUUAGGUCUGUAGAUAGUUAUAAAUAGGAUAUAGAUGAUGUUUAAGGCCCCCAUUCCUGUUCAAAGAUGGAUUGUCUUUCCUAACAAAAAAUGCCUCUUUAACUCCCCUCUCAAACCAUUUAUUUUCUUUAGCUAAGAUCUGUACCUCAGCAAUAUCUUCAAAGGAGUGGUUAGUGAUGAUAUCCAUGAUUGUUACCAUAACUGGACUGAAGGAUUCCACAGACAUUAAAAAGGGCUGUUAUUCUGUACAUUAUAUUCAUGCAUAUUUGUUAGCUGUAUGCCUUCCCGACUGAUCAUUCUUGUUAUCCCCACUUAAAUUCUCAAAAAUCAAAAUUAAACUGUAAAUAAUGUAAAAAUAAUAUUGUCUUGGCUGACCAAGCUAGCUCAAACACCACAGUUUUUGUGUGACUGUUUUGUGUGCCUCAUGCUACCAAUAUCACUGUAUUUAUUUGCAUGAUUUCAGCUCUUUUUUGCAUUUCAAAUGAAGUAGCUGCACUGAGAUAAGCUGUUUUAAUGCCAUUUAUUUCUUGCCUUAAUAGUCAAAAAUACUGUGAUGGUCUUGUGUGAAUGUGUUGACAUAAUCUGAUUUUGAAACUUUGACUUAAUCUCGGCGAGGACAAUGAUUUUUUCCCCCCCAAUUACCAAUAUACUUCAGUUUUUCUGAGCCACCACUACAAAUUGCCAAGAUUAUAUAGUAUCUGAAAUGUGCUAAAUUAGGUCUAAACCUGAACUAAAUCAUGACAUACUUUGUACAAACACGACUGAAAUGGGAAAACCUUCAACUUUCAUUCACGACUAAAGCAUAAAUAAAAUUAAUUUGAUAUUUAUUUCUUGCAUUUAAAUUUUCCAAUGUGUUGUUGGUCUUGGCAUAUCUCAAAAGAUAUUGGUCUAAUCACACUUCUCAUCUAAGCUUGUUUUGAAAGAACCAUUUUGAUCAGUCUGAUAGUAAAAUAGUGCGCACUUACCAUUUGAUUUAAAGUGAUAACAAACAGAAAACAUUGUGAAGAACAUCCUGCUAUAUAUUUUUACUCUCAGCAGUCUGCAGAGCUUUGUGUUUCCUGUGCGUAGGUGUAUCUCACCAGACAAGUUGCAAUUGACAUAAGAGAUUCUGAAUCAAACUGAUGCAAGUUUGAAUUGUUUUUGUUGGUUUUUAUAUAUAUAUAUUUUUGUUUUGGUCAUUAUUUUUUCAUGGCUAUGUUGAAAAUCUGUGACAAUUACCAAUUUUCUUUUAUAUUUGUUAAGACUUAGAUUCAAUUUAACAAACAAUGUGGCAAAACAUGGUUCUAAAACAUUUCCCUUUGUUGCUACUGAUGAUAUAAAUCCAGAUAAUUAAUGCAUUCCUUUCUUUACUGGGUUCUAUUCAUUUUGUUUACUUGAAAACAAUGAUACUUUAAUUCCACUUUUUUCCCCCCAUUUUGAUAUUAAACAUUUAUUGGCAGCGCACAGUCAUAUGCUCUCAUUACAGAGAUAUGCACCCUGCGGCGCUGAAAACACUAACCAAGUUUGUGUGUGUGUUUAUACUAAGGGACUAAGCUACAGUAUUAGUUGGACUCUGAUGAUAAUCAGUUAAAAUGCUGUAUGGUCUUGAUGCUUUACUUUGUUGUCACAAUUAUAAAGGACCAUUGGAAA